UUUACUAAAUAAAUAGUACAAUAAAGUUUGGAUUUAACCGCGAAGAUCAAUUACCCUAAACUCGGGUUUGAAUCUUUACCGCUUUAACAAGAAAUUAUGCUCUACAAUUCAACAAGUAUGAGAAAUGCAUAGUGUGAAUUUGGGAGUCAAAAUUUUGAAAUGGUGAGUAACAUAAAGAGAUUGAUUGAGAAGAGAGCUAAAGUCAAGAACAUAUAUAAUGAAAGGACAGACAAAGGUAACAACAACAUUACACAAAAGAGGAUAAAGUCACACAAAACAUUAGCACGCCAAUGUCUCUCUCUUUUUUUGGUAUAAAAAUAGAUUACAAAAUUUUUUUUUAUCAUGAAAUUGAUUAACACAGAAGUGUAAUCAUGAUAAUCAUCUUCCCAUGCCUCUAUCAUCAUUAAUCCAAUUUUCUCCUCCACUAGACCUAUCAAUUAAAACAUUUUAAAUUUUAAACCCUCUACGUUAGAACGGUCAUAUGCUUAUUUAACAAUUAUUAUGUCUUCUAAAAAGGUAAAAGAGAAAUCUGACAAAUGAAGUGUAAGUGUUUAUAAUGGUCUGUCCUAAAAACACAUCCCCCACAAAAGUAAAAACACAAUCAAAACUUUUCUUUCUUUCCUCUUCUUCACUUCCUCUGUAAACCCUAGAUUCUCUUGAUCCUCUCAUGGAUUCAUUCUCUUUUUGUAUCAUCAUCAUACUUCUCUUAUUAUCAUUCCACCAAUCUGAGUCUCAAUCGAUUCAAUCUACACAUCUCCUUGAUCUCAUGAUUAGAGAUUACACCAUUAGAAACUUUAAGCUCAAUCUCAACACAGGCAUCACUCAGAAAAUCCAUCUCCCUUCUAAUUUCUCUGGUAUCGACAUUGACACGGUCAAGUUAAGGUGUGGGAGUUUGAGAAGAUAUGGAGCAAAAAUUGGAGAGUUUCACAUCGGUUCAGGAGUGACGGUGGAGCCAUGCCCGGAGAGAGUCAUGCUAAUUAGACAAAACCUUGGUUUGAAUUGGUCCUCAAUCUACUCUACUGGUUAUAACUUAUCCGGUUAUAAUUACCAGCUCGUGUCACCGGUUCUUGGUUUAUUGGCUUAUAAUGCUAACCCUGACGGUGUGGCCACGAAUCCUUAUGAGGUUAACGUUGUAGGUACCGAUCAAAACCCAAUUUUAGUCGAUUUCUUGAGCAACAAGGCAACUAAUAACACUAGCCCUAACCCUACGACGACGAAGAAGAACUCGUCAGUCUUGUGUGCGUGUUUUACAAGUAACGCUAACACAACGUUUAGUGAGCAAGUCUCGCCGUAUGUAUGUAAAGGGACAAGACAAGGGCAUUACGCUCUCGUGAUGAAGACAGAAGCUCAAAAAGAUGAUCAUGACGGUGGUGGUGGUGGAGUGGUGACGUCAUCGACGGAGAUGAAUGGUGGCAACGGAGGAGGAAAGUUGAGCCGGUGGAAAGUGGCGGUGGGGAGUGUGAUUGGGUCAGGGAUUGGAGCAAUUCUGCUGGGAAUGUUAGUGGUGGCGAUGCUGGUGAAGGUGAAGAAGAAAGCAAUGAGAGAAGAAAUGGAGAGAAGAGCUUAUGAAGAAGAAGCUCUUCAGGUUUCAAUGGUGGGUCAUGUUAGAGCUCCUACUGCUCCUGGAACUAGAACUCUUCCUAGAAUUGCCGAUGAUAGGUAUAAAAACACUCAUUUGAAUAGUAAUUAUCCAUAAUUAUCAUUUGUUUUCUGAUUUUUCCUCUUUUUUUUUUUGUGUUAAUUGAGUAUCUUAAGAUAAAUAGUUUUCAAUAGCUUCAAAAUGAAUUUUCGUC